CCCGCCGCCCCGCCGCCCCGCGGCCCCGGCCGGAGGAGACAGAGCCUCCAGUCACUCGAUGGGGAUUCACAGAGGACCACCUGUGUUUGUCACCUUCCCACCUCUCUGUAGCAAGAGAAGUGACUGCAGCGCCUCUUCAGUAAUGAUGAUGAAACUGGUAUUAACUGAGUGGCAUUUAUGGAUUUUUAACUCUAACUUGCAGUGAACCAGCAAGCCAUAUGUUUACACUCCAACCAAAAACCCUCUGUUUGCUGCGUGUCUUCUGCAAUCGGGAGAAGCUGAGACACCCAUUUAUACAAAGAGGAAUAUAAGUGUUGCCUGCCUGAGGAACGCACCUGGAGCAGAACGAGACGUCUUAAUUUAUCAUUAAAGAGAUAUGAUAGUAUUAUUUAUAUAGUUUAAAAAAUAUAUAUAUAUAUAUAUAUUUUUUUUUUGGUGGUAAUGAAAAUGGCUCCGCAGAAUGCUGACUCGGAAUCUAUGCAAGUGCAAGAGUUACCUGUGCCCCUGCCAGACCCACAGAAAUCUGGAGACCUGGAGACCGAGAACCGUGAUGAGACCAUCAGCGAGGGGUCCAUAGACCGAAUCCCCAUGCGCCUGUGGGUGAUGCAUGGGGCAGUGAUGUUUGGCAGGGAAUUCUGUUAUGCCAUGGAAACGGCACUGGUCACGCCCAUACUGUUGCAGAUUGGCCUCCCGGAGCACUACUACAGCCUCACGUGGUUCCUGAGCCCUGUCCUCGGCCUCAUCUUCACACCACUGAUCGGGUCAGCAAGCGAUCGCUGCACCCUGAGCUGGGGCCGCCGACGGCCCUUCAUCCUCGCGCUCUGUGUGGGCGUCUUGCUGGGCAUCGCGCUGUUCCUCAACGGCUCUGCCAUAGGUCUGGCCCUUGGUGAUGUCCCCGGACGGCAGUCCAUUGGCAUUGUCCUCACCGUACUGGGAGUGGUAGUCCUGGAUUUCAGUGCUGACGCUACCGAGGGGCCGAUCCGUGCCUACCUGCUGGACGUGGUGGACAGUGAGGAGCAAGACAUGGCCCUCAACAUCCAUGCAUUUUCUGCAGGCCUCGGCGGUGCCAUCGGCUAUGUGCUGGGCGGGCUGGACUGGACACAGACCUUCCUGGGCAGCUGGUUCGGGACCCAGAAUCAGGUGCUGUUCUUCUUUGCCGCCAUCAUCUUCACAGUGUCAGUGGUCCUGCACAUCUUCAGCAUCGAGGAGGAGCAGUACAGCCCGCAACAGGAACGCAACUCAGAGGAAGCCACCGUCCUGCCCAGCACUAGACCUGGCAGCAGCUUGGCCCCUGCCACCCGCCUAAAUGCCCUGGGUGGGGGCAUGCAAGACAGCAGCCCUCCAUUCCAUGAUGAGGUGCAGUCAGAGCACGAGCUGGCCCUGGACUACCUCGAUGUGGACAUCGUGCGCAGCAAGAGUGACUCUGUGCUGCACAUGCCGGAUGCCACACUGGAUAUGGAACCCGAGCUGCCCUUCUUGUAUGACAUCGAGCCGUCCAUCUUCCAAGAUGCCUCCUAUCCCAGCACCCCCCGCAGCACCAGCCAGGAGCUCCUGAAGGCCAGGCUGCCCCACCUGUCCACCUUCCUCAGGGAAUCCACCAAGGAGGAUGAUACCUUGCUUGAUAAUCACUUGAAUGAAGCUAGAGUCCCAAAUGGAAGUGGCUCUCCACCAAGAGACACCCUCAGCAGCUGCACCAGGGUGGAUCUGAAACUCUCAGCUACAUCCAGCUCCAUGAGGCGGCGGAGGCACAUGUUCCGCCGUCAAGCCUCCAGCACCUUCUCUUACUAUGGCAAGGUUGGAUCCCACUGCUACCGCUACCGUCGGGCCAAUGCAGUGGUCCUGAUCAAACCCUCCCGCAGCAUGAGUGACCUCUAUGACUUACAGCAGCGGCAGCGGCAGCGCAACCGGCACCGGAACCAGAGUGGGGCUACCAACUCCAGUGGGGACACAGAGAGCGAGGAGGGCGAGGGUGAGACCACCGUGCGCCUUCUGUGGCUGUCCAUGCUGAAGAUGCCAAGGGAGCUGAUGCGCCUUUGCCUUUGCCACCUGCUCACCUGGUUCUCUGUCAUCGCCGAGGCUGUCUUCUACACCGACUUCAUGGGCCAGGUCAUCUUCAAAGGUGACCCCAAAGCAGCCUCCAAUUCCCCUGAAGGGCAGGCCUACAGUGCCGGUGUGAAGAUGGGCUGCUGGGGCCUGGUCAUUUAUGCUGCCACCAGUGCUAUUUGCUCAGCCUUGCUACAGAAGUACCUAGACAACUAUGACUUGAGCAUCAGGGUGAUCUACGUGCUGGGAACACUGGGCUUCUCUGUGGGCACAGCUGUGAUGGCCAUGUUCCCCAAUGUCUAUGUGGCCAUGGUCACCAUCAGCACCAUGGGCAUUGUAUCUAUGAGCAUCUCCUACUGCCCCUACGCCCUGCUAGGGCACUACCAUGAGAUCAAAGAGUAUGUCCACCACAGCCCUGGGAAUUCAAAACGUGGGUUUGGAAUCGACUGCGCCAUCCUCUCCUGCCAGGUCUACAUCUCCCAGAUCCUGGUGGCAUCUGCCCUUGGGAGCGUGGUUGAAGUUGUGAAGACCGUCCGUGUCAUCCCCAUGGUGGCCUCUGUGGGCUCCUUCUUGGGCUUCCUGACAGCCACAUUCCUGGUGAUCUAUCCUGAGGUGUCGGAGGAGGCCAAGGAAGAGCAGAAAGGCCUGUCUGCGCAACCUGCUAGUGACAGUGCAGGCGGUGACAAGCCCACGGUCCUGAGGCUCUCUCGGAAGGAGGGCCUGCAGAGUCCAGUGGAGACCGAGUCCAUGGUCUGAGCUCUGGCUGACACAUUCCACAUGGGAGGCGGGUAGGAGGCCGAUGGCCACUGGUGUUGCUGGCGCUUGGAGGACAGCGCUGGCCAGUGCUCUUUCUCCAAAUAAUCGAAGUUCACUAGUUGUAGGGUAGGUUUGAGCUAUUAGGCAAAAUUAUCACACUAAUUACUUUUCCCACAAUUAAAAAAAUCAUUUGAAAUCUUUUUUAAUUGAAGACCUUUUAAUUUCAACUGUCUUUUACUCUGCAGGUAUAUUAUUCUGCACGUUUUUACAUUGUAAACAUUUACAAUAUAGUUAGGUGAUUUAGAAAAAAUGAGAUUUUUGCAUUUCUGAAAUUACAGUGAAAAUACAACCCUUUUGCUGUCCUGGGCACUUCAGAAGAGAGCAGUGUGGUCAGUGACUAGAACACCCUUCCCAGGUACCCCCUGGGCACCCACGGGUCUGUGGAUGCCCCUCAGAUCUUGUCACGUUCCAUUGGUGCUGCCGCUGCUGGAGAGUAUUUUUCUUUGUAAUUAUUUUAGACUUAAGUUUUUUUUUUUUUUUUUUUUUUUUUUUUCUUUUUUAACACUAUGGUUUUCUUAGGAGAGCAGCAUUUCCUUUGCCACAGAGUUUGACACCGUGCCCAGGGCCGCUGUUUCUGGGCAAGCCGCACACCAAAGCUGAGGGGCCCCUGAGGUGGCUGUGGGCAGACAGGCUAAGGGCAAGGCGCACACCCAUCCUGGGACACAGUUUGAGCUCUCAGAUCCAGUGCUGCGUGUGUCACCUGUGCGAGCACGUGUGUGUCCGGACCCGCCUGGCUGUCCGUGCCUGGAGCUCCGCAGCCCCCGCAGCCCCGCCCCAGGCUCCUCACUGCACUUUGACUCAUCUACCCCUUGGCUGGGGAUCCGCGCUGAGUUCCGGGUGGCUGAGGCUUCCAGCGCUGUCGUGAGGCUGUCUUGCUCUCGAGUGUGGGAGACAGCAGCCUCCAAGCAGGGCGCAGGGGGCCGGGCCUCGCCCGCCGCCAUGGCAGGACGUGUUUGCUGGAGCCUGUGACUUUCUCACCUGCUGACCGACUGUCACAGGGGUUAGCAGCAACGCAGAGAGGCCGAGUGUCGGGGAGGCCCUGACGGAGGACUCAGCACAGUGCUCUGCUUCUGCACGCCAGCAAAACUCAUCGGAUGCUGCAGCGGUUGGGAAUGUUUUUCAAGCCAGUCUUUAUUCAGAACCAAGCAGUUUCUGUUCUUCGUAUGUGAAACAGUCGGUCCAAGCUGUCUGAGGUCAGGAGGAGGAGGCCCUGCACAUCACACAGGUGGAGUCAAACCUUGUCAUAAUUGCUGCCUCAAGUCUGUUUUUUAAAUAAAGUACUUUAAAAUGCAUGGGAGUCAUGCUGCAAUAUGAUCAUUCUAAAGCAAAUAUAUAUAUUUCAAGAUGAAACUAAGCAGUUUUUAAAUAAACUACUUGAAUUUUCUGUGUA